AUGGCAAGCAUUCUGAAACAAGCUCCUUUCUCGCCAGUCGUCACUGGUGCCGCUCUGUUGGUCCUGCUCAAGGGUCCAGAGUCAGUACAACGACCAGUUUACGAUUACCUGCAUCAGCUACUGAAGCCUCACAAUAUCGAGCGUCUGAUUACUGCUCUGAAAUGGUUGUUUGCCUUUGGCUUGAUCAAGAAUGUCAAUGAAGCUUUGAACCAGUUUGCUCGCAACAACUUCUCCCUUCGCUCUAGCAAGGCAGACUGGGACUGGAAUAACGAGAUCGCCAUUGUCACCGGAAGCUCCUCUGGCUUUGGAGCUCUGUUUUCAAAGGACCUUUCAGACAAGGGUAUUCAUGUCGUCGCCAUCGAUGUCAACCCACUCCCAAAGCACCUCGAAAACAACCCCAAAAUUACCUUUUUCAAGUGCGAUGUCACCGACGUCGAAGCCGUCAACGCCGUCGCCGAAGAAAUCAAGGCGAAGGUUGGCCAUCCAUCCAUCUUGAUCAACAACGCAGGCAUUGGCGGCCAGAGAACAAUCCUCAAAACCACACCUGCACAGCUCCAAAAACUCAUGGGUGUGAACAUCAUGUCGCACUACUAUCUCGUGCAAGCUUUCUUACCCGAUAUGCUUGCUAAGAAAAAGGGACAUGUUGUUUCUAUCGCUAGUAUGGCUUCCUUCUUCACCACUCCUGGCAUCACCGAUUACUCGUGCUCUAAAGCAGCGGUGUUGGCCUUCAACGAGGGUCUUAGUACUGAGCUGCGGUCUAUCCACCGUUGUCCUGAGAUUAAGACUUCGAUUGUGCAUCCUUUCUUUGCAGACACACCUAUCAUUGCUUCCUCCAAGACUGAGCUUGAAAAAGCGGGUAUGAAGAUUUUAGACCCUCAGGAUGUUUCUGAUGCUGUGGUUGAUCAGAUUUUGAAUGCGAGAAGUGGACAGAUUCUGCUCAGUAAUGGGUUUGGACCUAUUAUGAGAGCGUUCAGAGGUUUGCCUUGGUGGUUCCAGGAAAGUGUCAAGAGACUUACUGAGACUGAUCUUUCGCGUUUUGAGUAA